AUGCACUAUGCAGUAGAACAUGGCUUUUUAGAUGUCACCAAGACACUUGCAAAGAAAUGCCCAUUGCUUUUAGCUUUGCAGAGAACAGAACAAAUAGAACCCAAGAAAAUUAAAUGCUUAUUACCAGUUGAAGUGGCAUUACUCACAGAAAAGGAGGAUGUGGCAUCCUAUUUGAUCAGGAUGAUGUGGCAUGAAAGUGUACAGAGUUUAUUUUCUUGGAGACCAGAGGAUAUGGAAAGGUCACAAUCAUCUUUCUUCAGUCUACAUUCCAUUAUUGAGAACCCCAAAAUGAAGAAAACAGUUGUGGCUUUACUGGAUCAAAUGGUGAUUCCCCAUUGGCCUCAUUUGCCGCAGCGCAAAGACAUCUACGACACUGAUGAAGAAGAGGAAGGAAUUGAAGGAGCCUGGAGUGCAAUUACUGAUGAUCCCUUGAGCUACCACUUCUAUUAUCAUAUUUUAGAUGGUGAUAAAGGAGGAAGACCCCCAAAGAUCAUAGACUCCAGGGGGGAGAAGCAGAUAGAUAACAAAUACUUUAGCCUUAAGGACGAUUCUUGCUUACACCUGAUUGCAAAGAGCAAAAAUAUGGAGGCUUUGCAGCAUCCUGUGGUCAGGAUGUUGAUUAAAACAAAAUGGAACAGUUAUGGAUUUGUAUUUCUCUGCCUUCAAGCGGCAUUCUAUGUCAUCUUCUUGCUCUUCUUGUCGUAUUCUCUGAUACAUGGCUCAACAAGAACGGAUCCCACCCAGUACAGGGGUGUGACGGAUUUCUUGCGUGGAAUUUGCGAGGUUGUCACUCUUGCUAUGGCUGUCUUUUAUAUCUGUGAGGAAUUCAAUCAGAUGAGAGUAGAUGGGAGCACCUACUUCACAGAUUGGAUGACCCUGUUUGACUGGUUAGGCCUGCUGCUGAUCCUGUGUAUAAUACCUCUACGGUACACUCACAGCAAGUUACAGUGGAUAGUGGCUUCCUUAGCCUUCCAUUUCAACUUCUUGAGGAUAUUUAAGUUUUCCUGCGUGACAAGGACAACCGGAUUAUACACAAAAACCUUGGCUAAGAUCAUUUUGCACGAUGUGACAAGAUCCAUGGCGGUUUUUAUUGUUAUCUUUUUCUCCUUCUGUGGUGCUUUGUCUUUAUCGCUCUGUUACUCCGAUGAAAACCAACAGUUUAGUGACUUCGGAGAUGUGUUAUUGAGUGGCUUUCGCGCGCUCUCUGAACAAAGACCAAUUGCUUACGAUUAUUCAAAUUUCAACUGGCUCUCCAUUCUGUUAAUGAUGGCCUACAUGGGGAUCGUGAUAGUGAUUCUACUCAACAUUCUCAUUGCACAAAUGAGUACGACCUACACACAGGCCAAGAAAGUCGCCCGUCUGGAAUAUGAUGUGGAUCGUAUUCUACAACUCACACGCAUGGAGAGAUUUCCUUUUCUGAAUAUGCGCGUGAAGUAUUACAAAGAGGGAGACUGGAUCAGUGAAAUGAAACUCGCCCAAGAUCUUCUUGAAUUCAGUGAAGAUCGCAGCCCUUGGGAGUCGGUGGAAGAGAAACUUACUGCGAUUCGGGAUAUGAUGAGGAAGAUGGUGAAACAGAUGAGGCCUGGAAUCGGAUGA